GUUCUCGGCCCGGGCACCUAGCACCAUCGUACCCAGACUUAGAUCCCGAUGGGGCGCUACGGCUCUCCUGGUGGCAACGCCUGUCUAGUAUACAGGAGAUCUGGAGUACGGCCCGCUGUGGUGCAUAUACUCUACUUUUGGUUGUCCUACGGGACAUACGGGGAAGAAUAUUAGUUCCCAGUUUUCAUAUGAAAAAACGUUACAGAGACAUAUCUAAAGCUCCAACCCGUACCUGUUAUAAGGGAUUGGACCCUGGGCCCGGAAUGUCACAGUUGCCUCCACCUUCGGAUGACAUAACAGACGGGACACCGAACCUUUGGAUUGCAGGAGACCCUAUCUUGGUCAAUUCGGACCACUGGAGGUGCUUGGGAUCAAGGGAUCUGAGGUUUUUGGAGCCCGCACGAGACUACGCUUGA